AAAUGAAACAGGAAACAAGAACGGGUACGGUCUGUUUUCUUUAAGAUCUCCAUGUAGUUAACUCAUGUGGAUACAGUACAGCAGAAAAACAACUGACAUUUCAAGCUACCCUUGUGCAACAGGAGAUGGCACUGCCUAGCAGCGAAAGAUGUCAUGAUGUGGACCUAGAUGAGAACAUAAAAUGGAAACAGAUUGGCCGUGGGGGGUUUGGUAUUGUCUAUAAGGUCAGGCACAAAGUCAGAGACUUCGUUGCCAUCAAGCUACUUCGGAAUACAGGAACCAUUGACGAACUGUACAAGGAGGCUGAAUGUCUGACAAAAUUGUCUUCUGAGUUUGUUCUGAGAGUCUAUGGGAUUUACAAUGGAAAUAAGUUUCCACAGUUUCCAGAGGGAAUAGUCAUGGAGUUUAUGGAAAAGGGAAGUAUUCAAACCCUGCAGAAGGACUUGAGUAGCCCUCCACCACUGCCACUGGCCGUGAGAUUGGCCUAUCAAGUGGCUAAAGGGAUGCAAUACAUCCAUUCAAAGGGUUUUGUUCACCAUGACCUAAAACCAAGCAACAUUCUGCUGGAUAAUGACUUUAAUGCCAAGCUGGCUGACUUUGGUCUCUCCAGGGAAACCACAAGUGUUUUGCCCAGUUUUGAACAAUCAAAAGAGUGUACCAGAGGCACAAUACAAUACAUACCGCCUGAAGCUUUUGCUCUAAACUAUAAAAUAGUUCGCUCCUUUGAUGUUUACAGCUACGGCAUCCUUCUUUGGUCUAUCCUGAGUGGUGAAGUACCCUAUCCAGGGAAGCCAGAUAGUCUCGUGGAACACAGGAUUGAACAUGGAGACAGACCUGAUGUCAGUCUUUGCCUGAAAGAGGAGAAAGAAAAGAAGGCAGCAGUGACUGAGCUCAUGAAACAUUGCUGGAAACAAAAACCUUCUGAAAGGCCUGACUUUAAUGAAAUCGUCCAUAAACUUGAACCGAUUUUCUCACUUCACAAGGAUGGAAUUGAUGCAGCCAUUCGUGAUGUUUUAUUGAAACUAAGACAAAAUCAGUCAAGAAGUAGCAGCCAGCUUUCUCAGGCAAAUGCUGCAGACUUGGUUCCUUCGCCCACUCCAGAAAAUGAAGUGUCAAAGGAUGUUGUUGAUCAUCCCUCAGAUACAGUACAGCAGCCAUCUAAUGUAGCUGGAACUGAAGAUUUAACAGAAGAAGAAAAAGUGACAAUUGUUGAUGACAGGAUGGAUGCUAUAAUACAGAAGAACACACGUGUCAUGGCGAUUGCUGCGGAUCUUAAGAAAAUGAAGAUGAUCCAAAAUGAAACCUACUUCGAAAUUGAGGCGGAAAAAACUAACCAGGCAAAAAUGAGGGAGCUCUACAAGUCAUUACGUGCAUCAGACCUGGUGAAAGUUGCCUUCUAUGAUGCCUUGAAAAAUCAUGAACCAAAUAUUCUGAAACGUCAUGGUGACAGUUGAGGCAUUCCUGCAUCAGAUGUCCAAAAGUGUGUGUGGUUUUCUUAAUGUUUUUCUUUCUUUCAUUUUCAUUGUAUAAAGUCUACAAAUAAAUAUAAGUAUCCAUC